ACCUCAUCACCCCGAGCAUGACAGGGACUGGGUCCGCACUGCUUCUCUGGCCAAAUCUGUUUUUAAUUGCAAACAAGUCUUGAUUUCCCUAAUUGACAAGACACGCGGUAUGUUACCGUGGACUUAAAUGCGCCCUUCAAGUCGUUGACCCCUUCACCCAAUGGAUUCAGAACACUUGCAGCAGUACUGUCAAGACAGGUUGCCUUUUGUGUCCACCAAUCGUGAGUGGUUUUCAGGACCAAUGCACUCCCCCGUAGAAUACCGUUUAGCAAGGGAGAAGCGAUGGUUGUGCUCAAUGCGCUCGGCAAGUGGAGACCCAGAGCGAACGCAAGUGGACAAAAAAUAUCUCACUAUCCCUCUUGUUCUGGAAUCGCAGUACAUUCGCCAGCCGCUUGUGUUGGAUGGUUCCUUCAAUGUAAGAUUCUACGUUGGAGUUCCCAUUACCGUGGAACAUGCCGUUCGCCACAUGUUUAUUUAUUGGGAAGGUCAGAUAUUCUCUAGCGUGUGGCUGCUGGGUGACAAGCCCUGGGAGUCCUUCUCCCCUAUCAAGGAAUUUCCUGUACGCUCAGCGUAUUUAUCAGUCUCCGCUCUGAUGCGCAGACGCACGAUGAACGAUCCACUGUUUCGUAUGAAACGCAGUUAUGGGGGACAAAGUGAUCUCUCUCCCGUCUUGAUGCCGAGAUCCGAACUUCAUGCUUAUCCCAAAAAAGAGGACGAAACCCGAGAUCGGACACAGCAGCUUCUAGAGACUUUCGCUCGAUACAGCCUCCGCAUACGAACGGAUCACCAUGGCGAAGCCGACCCUUAACCGUUCAUGUGCCGGGGGGCCGUCGAAAUCAUCAAGGAAUCCCUAGGCGUGGAUCAAACUUCCGUUUUGAACUUAGCUGGAUAUGAGCUCAAUGCAUUGUUUGCCGGACAUCUCUCAGAUUACGAGCCAUCAGACCAAAUUCUUAAAGAGAUGCUUCAAGAGGAUCGCGAGAACCGAAUUCCCGCAUUCGGUCC